AUGGUCUUGAGUUCUCCGGAUGUGAGGCUAAUUGACUCGGUGGCGUUGACCGGUAACCAGAGUAGGCCACGUAGGUCUCUGUCUACCGGAUGGAAUUUAGCCGGUAUUUUUACCAAUUCUGACUCGCCCGGUCAACAUGCAGAGAAUCUUGACCGGUUCACGCUUAGGUUACCGGAAAACAUUCACAAUAAGCUCGUGAACCCAAGCCUUUCGAAAAGCCACGUAGAGUUACCUCAGGUGAUGAGUUCAGCUAGAGGGUACAGAACCGGUGGACUAGAGACUGAUCGAAACUAUUUCUACUAUGAACGGUUUGAUGACCAAGAUGGCCGGUUAGACCGUAGACCAUUCUCCAUAACACCUCCGUACCGGACAUGUUCGAUCAAUACGUCUCCAUGUGGCAGUGGUGAUCAGGUGCGUGCUGCUACACCCAAGGGUGGUUUGCUUCUAGCGAUGAAAUCACCGUUUGAUCGGUUGUUUACUGGAAAGAAUAAGAAUAUUGGUGAACGUUCAUCAAGCAACAACAUCGGUGAACGUUCGUCGGAUCACCUUCGCUCCGGCGAUGCUAGCCCUGUGUAG